UCUUUCGGUUUGUAAAAAGUAACAGUGUAAUACUCAAUUACUAGUUUACUACUUCUUUAGUUCUUUGGCAAGCUUUUGGCUCAAGAUCGAAACAAACAAACAUCCAGUUUGUUACUUCUACAACUCGUUAUUCUUGCUUCUGCACACAAGUAAGUUUGCUCUCCUAUUGCCCCAAACACAAGCCAAGUUUUCUCUCCUAUAAGAUACUAAUGAAGAAUGAUGAUGUCUUGGGAGAUGGCAUCCCUUUUGAACAGGAACGUACCCUGAGGCAAAUGUGCUAUCAAUUGCUCAAGUUGCCAGUAGGGAAGAAUAAGAAUCUGCAAUUUCCAGGGUUGCACCCAGUUUCGCUCAAUCGCGAAAACAUACAACUGCUAAAGCAAAGAAUGUAUUAUGCAACAUGGAAAGCUGAUGGAACGCGAUAUAUGAUGUUGAUUACCAAUGAAGGCAGUUACUUGAUUGAUAGGAAGUUUCGGUUUAGGAGGGUUCAGCUUAGAUUUCCUUGCAGGCACACUGAUGGUUGUGGGGGGAACGCUCACCACCUCACUUUACUUGAUGGUGAGAUGAUAAUUGAUACAAUACCCGGUUCGGGGGAGCAGGUAAGAGGAUACCUGAUAUUUGAUAUAAUGGCUAUUAAUUCAAUCUCCCUUGUGGGGCGACCUUUUUGUGAACGUUGGGAAAUGAUUGAGAAGGAAGUGAUUGAGCCCAGAAAUUAUGAAAGUAAUCAAAUUCAAGGGAGCCAGAAUCCUCAUUAUAGAUAUGAUUUGGAAACAUUUGGGAUGAGAAGGAAGGAUUUUUGGUUCCUCAGUACAGUCAACAGUGUGUUGAAAGACUUCAUCCCAAAGCUUCCGCAUGCUGCUGAUGGCCUUAUCUUUCAGGCUUGGUUUGAUCCUUAUGUUCCUCGAACACAUGAGGGUCUUCUGAAAUGGAAGUACGCAGAGAUGAAUUCAGUUGAUUUUCUGUUUGAGAUGGUUGGCCAUCACCAACAGCUUUAUCUUCAUGAAAGAGGGAAGAAGAAGCUGAUGGGAGCAACUAAAGCUGUGUUCGAUGAUGGUAGCAGUCCCUCUUUGUACUCUGGGAAGAUCAUUGAAUGUUCUUGGAAUUCUGAACAUAGAGCAUGGAGUUAUAUGCGGAUUAGGUCGGACAAAUCAACUCCGAAUGACUAUCGCACAUAUCUACAAGUGAUGAGAAGUAUAGAGGACAACAUCACUGAAGAGUCCUUGAUCAAUGAGAUCAGUAGAAUAGUUAGACUACCAAUAUAUGCAUGUAGGAUACCAAGUGCCAAGAAGCCUAAUGAUAUCAAUAUCAUUAACAUUUAUGUUGGUUCCCAGUAGAAUAUGUUGUCUGCCACUCCAGUCGAGGAAUCUAGUUCCCAGCCCUGCAGAAGCGAGUGCUGCAUUGAGAAAAGAGAUUCUUCAUCAGAUUACAUCCUUGGGAUUUGAGAACUUUAACAUUUAAUUUCUGAGAUGAGAUUUUUUACUGGUAAAAAGUCUCUGUUGUGCUGGGCCGUUCACACACUUUUUUCUCUUACAAGUUGCAACAGGAGAUGAUAACUUAAUGAUCUGAUAUAACCUACUGAUUUUGAAACUUUGAAGUUUAUAAGGCCUGUAGUUUACUGUUGAAUAUGCAUGCAAACAUAUUUCCCUAAAUAGAAUGUUGGGAGCAUUAUGAGUGGAUAAAGAGGUAUUCCAAAAUCUGAAGAGUAGCUUAAGUCCCUGUUUAGAAUCAAGAACUUGAUUAGCCAUUUUUCACAGACGAGGAUAAACGUAAUAGCUGUUUAGCCUUGUUGAAGUUAGCUUGGUUUCAGUUCCGGAUUCUUUCAGAGAAUUUAUUUGUAUUUGUUUGUGGUAUCCAUCCUGUAUGUAAAGUUUAGCUUACAAAGAAUUACUUGGGAUUGACAGCGAAAA